AUGGCAAACAAUUUGCGCGUCACCGACCUGGCCGUCAACUUGCAGAGCCUCAACAUGGGAGCCACAGACACUGCCGCCUGGAACAAACACAUUACCAGCACUUGCACCAUCAAACCCAGCUUCCUCACGCUCCCUCAGGAGCUCCGCGAUCACAUCUACAGCUUUCUACCUCUUGUCACUCAAGAUGAUUACGUUCGAGUUGGAAGGCGCCAGGACGAUAACUGGGACCCUAUGUUAUUGACUCUUGGAGCAGGCUGCCGAGAAUUGAAGCAAUACAAUACUCUCGCCGCGACCUGCCGGAUCACCUAUCAAGAUGCCUCCAAGAUCUUCUAUCGCCACAACAAGCUCUAUGUCCUCCACCAAGUCGAACACAAGGAACCAAUAUUCACGAUCACCGCGCCAUCUUGGCUACGGCGCUCGAGUCUGGCCAAGGAUUCGAACAUCAUACCGAGCUGUCGGAUCAGCACCUUGCGGAUCUGGGGGACGGAACGCGAGAUCCAAGGCGAAAGGAGCUGGGAUUCUUCCAGCUACUAUCCAGCUUUGCAUGUGAGCUGGUGCGUGGAGAGCGGGUGCUAUAAGGUUACACUAUCACUCGAGACGCCAUCACGGCUUGACAAACUAGAAAAGGGGAUAUGGGAAGACAUGAUGACAGAGGCCACGAAGGUAGUCAUUGACCGCAUAAAUCACUAUCUGGCUGAGAAGCAGCACAUGGAUGCGGACACUGUGGAAAUGGUGGCUAAGCACUGGGUAUACGCACAGCAGCUGAUGGCCGACGAGACUGGCGUCUACAACGGGUAUGUGCUCGAUUACAACGAGGAUGUCAGAUUUGAGACUGUAGAUACACCUUCGGGCCCAAUGUGGUUCCUCCACGAUGACCGAAAGCGAUAA